UGAAGGUCAAAGGAUAUCUGAAAUCCUCUAGAUUUUAUAGUACGGGUAGAGACAGUUAAUAUGGCGGACAGAAACGACCCAAACUACUUUCGGUUUGCACAUAUUGGUUGGGUUAUUCUAAUAUCUGCUGGUCUUACAGUAUUAACAUGGGCUUAUUAUGACCCGGAAGGAAUUCCAUGGAUAUUUGGACCACUGGGACAGUUAGGCACAUACCUGGGGAAAAACUACCCGACUGUUAUCAAGAAUAUGUUCUAUGUGACAUUUGCUAUACAUGUCGGGGAGGCAGGGUAUUCUGUAAAAGUCUGCAGAGAUAAAAACCUCAGUUCUUCUGCAACUGUAAAAUGGUGCUUCCAGACAUUUCUAUUUGGAUUUGCUUCCCUUCUGCGGCUUAAAAAUGCCAGAAAGGUCAAGGCCAGCUGAUGAAGGUCAAAUAAAUUGAUCACU